AUGAGUUUGAAACCAACAGCAACAUAUAAAUCAAAUAAUAUACUACAUAACUUUGAUAUAGGAGAAGGACCACAUACAACAAAUGGUAAAACAACUCAAAUAUCAGAUAUAGUAAUAAAUGCAGGAGGAGAAGAUAGAGAUAAACCAAGUGAUCAUAAAAAUACUCCAUUGGGUAAUUUAAGAGCUUCAAUUACUACUUUACAAGAUCAUAUAAAUGAAUAUUUAACUGAACGAAUGAAAUUGGGGAAACUGAAUAUAGGUAGUGAUGAUAUAGAGAGAAAAGUAUUAGAUGAAGGAGUAGAAGAAGAAGAUGAUGAUGAUGACUAA